CCCCGACUUCAUUAAUCAAAAGACAAACGGAGUAACAAAGCCUUCCCACAGCCUUUUCACGUCCACUACUACUACGAGGAAAAAAUAAAAUCAAAAUAACGGCGAAUUGGGCGUAUGACGUCUCACGCGCCGCCGCAAGCUCAUCCAGACGCCGGGGAGGAGAGAAUGGUGACCAGAAAGCACAAGGCGGCGGAGAAACAGCCGGCGCCGCCGAAGAAGCCGAGAACCCAAAAGGACGGCGAUGGCGUCGAAGCCGACAUGGGAGCGGUCGAGUUUCAGAAGUUCUGCAAGGCCACGAGUGAUCAUCUCUCUGUCCAACAAAUGCGGGAAAUACUCCAAGUGAACGGCCAGGAUUACUCCUCCUGCUCUGAGGAUGAUCUUGUCAAAAGAUGCCAAGAGAUUAUGUUCUAUGGUCCAUUGGAGAAGUGUCUGAUUUGCGGAGGCGCGUUGGAGUGUGGAGGUGACGGAGUGUACCACUGCAAAGGAGAUUUCUCGGAAUGGUCUGCCUGCGUUUACACCACCAAAGACCCUCCAAGAACAAAAGAACUAUUAAGCAUUCCUGAAUCCGUCAAGAAAACGCCAGCAAUCUCAGAUAUCAUCAAGAAACAUGAGUACCAUAAAGGGGGGCCGGAGAAAGAAGUUGCAUCAAUUAAGCCUCUCAGCGGUAUGAUGAUUUCGCUCUCUGGCCGUCUUACCCGAACCCAUCAAUACUGGAAAUCUCAGAUCGAAAAGAACGGAGGACAAGUGGCAAAUUCUGUCAUUGGGGUGUCUUGUUUGGUUGUCUCUCCCGCAGAGCGAGAACGAGGUGGCUCAUCAAAAGUAGCCGAAGCAGUGGAGAGGGGCAUACCUGUAGUAAGAGAGGCUUGGUUGGUAGAUAGCAUUGAGAAAUGGGAAGCCCAGCCGCUAGACGCUUAUGAUGUUAUGAGCGACAUUGCCAUUGAAGGUCGAGGAAUUCCCUUAGACAAGCAGGACAGCAGUGCAGAGGCACUUGAAACCAUUACAGCAGAGCUUAAGGUGUUUGGGAAGAGGGGUGUGCACAAGGACACCAAGUUGCAGGAUGAAGGUGGAAGGAUACUUGAAAGGGAUGGACUGCUCUAUAAUUGUGCCCUUGCCCUUUGUGAUCAAGGAAGACAGCUCAACGAGUUAUGCAUUAUGCAACUUAUUGUGGACCCGGAGAAGCGUUUACACAUGUACUAUAGGAGGGGCAGAGUGGGUGACAUUGCCCGCGUAGAUGACAAACUCAAGGAGUGGGAAAAUGAAGAUGAAGCUGUCAAAGAGUUUGCUAAGAUAUUUGAAGAUCUUACCGGAAAUGAGUUUGAGUCCUGGGAGAGGGAGAAGAAAAUCCAGAAGAAAUCACACAAGUUUUUCCCUCUUGAUGUGGCUGAUGGAGUAGAAGUUAGGCAUGGAGGGCUUGGGCUUAGGCAACUUGGAGUUGCAGCUGCACACAGCAAGCUUGAUCCAAUGGUAGCAAAUCUUAUGAAAGUCCUCUGCAGCCAAGAAAUCUAUAGGUAUGCGUUAAUGGAGAUGGGGCAUGACUACCCCGAAGUACCAAUAGGGAUGCUUUCAGACACGCAUUUGAAAACAUGUGAGGACACACUAUUGCACUAUGUGGAGAGGUUAAAAGCGGAAAAGGGAAGUGAACAUGAACGCGAUGCGGCGUGGGCAGAAUUUAGCAAUAAAUGGUUCACCCUUAUGCCAUCUACUAGGCCAUUCCGCCUAAGAGAUCUUGAAGACAUUGCUGAUCAUGUUGCAUCUACAUUUGAGACUGUAAGAGACAUCAAUGUUGCCUCUCGCCUUAUAGAGGACAUGUCGGGUUCGACCAUCGAUGAUCCCCUCUUUGACCGGUACAAGAAGUUGGGGUGCUCUAUUUCACCCUUGGAGAAAGAUUCCGAUGACUACAAAAUGAUAGUGAAAUACUUGGGUAAAACUUAUGAGCCAGUCACUGUUGGAGAUAUAAGUUAUGGAGUGUCGGUUGAGAACAUCUUUGCCGUGGAACCGAGCGCUUGCCCCUCUCUCAAUGACAUGAAGAAAUUGCCCAACAAAGUUUUGCUCUGGUGUGGCACCCGGAGCUCGAAUCUUUUGAGGCACUUGCAGAAGGGGUUUCUUCCCUCGGCUUGUUCACUUCCUGUUCCGGGCUACAUGUUUGGCAAAGCAGUUGUGUGCUCAGAUGCUGCAGCAGAAGCUGCAAGGUAUGGUUUCACCGCGGUUGACAGGCCAGAAGGCUUCUUGCUUUUAGCUGUGGCUUCAAUGGGUGAUGACAUCCAAGAGUUCUCAAGUCCACCCGAGGAUACUAAACCCUUAGAGGAAAAGAAUAUUGGGGCGAAAUGCCACGGGAGGAAGAAGACAGACGAGUCGGAGCAUUUUGUUUGGAGGGAUGGUAUCAAAGUGCCUUGCGGCCGCCUGGUUGAAUCAGGCCACAAGGAUAGUCCGCUGAGCUUUAAUGAGUAUGCUGUCUUUGAUCCACAACAGGUGAGCAUUAGGUUCUUGGUGGCUGUCAAAUAUGAAGAGCAAGACGUGGAAUAUGACGAGGCCGAGGCUUCUUGAACUCGAAGACGAUGACACGAACCCAUGUAUAUAUUUUUGCCUAAUCUCUCAACUUGCUACCCUUAAAAUGGUUGUAUGAUAUUUCCUUAGCUUAGUUAGGUUAACCAAGCUCUAACAUGUUUGGUGUCAAGGAGGAGGCAGACUUGUUGCUUUUUUCCAAUGUGCAUAGGGCAUCAUAUUUUGUUCAUGAGAUGCCCUUACUUACAGCUUCCCCUUUUAAUAAUGAAACCAUCCAUCU